CAGUUGUCGCCCAGGAAGCACGACAGUGAGGCUGUCUCACCGGCACAUCAUUCACCAUUUUUUACGUUUAGAAAUUCUCUUAUUCAUUCAUCCCAAUUAAUUCUCCAGUGGAAAAUUCAAUUAUCUCUUAAAUAUUCCGGUGUCACUCGUCAUUGUUUUAUUUCUAUUUCUCCGGACUCUCAAGGAUACUAAUUUUUCCUCUGUGCAGUGCCAAUACCACAAUACGGUGAAAAAUGGCGGGUUUAAAAGCCGCACUGGGACUCCACGAGCUGAAAGACCCGAAGGCGAAUCUGUACCGUGCGCUGUUGGCUGAAUUUUUCGGCACAAUGCUCCUCAACUUCUUCGGCUGCGGGGCGGUCUACGAGCUGAAAGAUGGCGCUGAUUAUUCCGUGACGAAUAGGGUAGCCAUCGCUCUAUCUUUCGGCCUGGUCGUCGCUGGAGCGGUCCAGGCGAUAGGCCAUGUUUCCGGAGGUCAUAUCAAUCCCGCGGUGACCUGCGGGCUACUCGUUAUUGGAAAGGUGCCAGUUGUCCGUGCAAUUCUCUACAUAAUCGCGCAAUCCGCCGGAGCGAUAGCGGGAUCGGCAGCGAUUCGUGCGCUCUCCUCCCAGAGAAUGGAAUCGGCAAUUGGCGUUGUUUCGUUGAGUCCCGGCAUGACCCCCGUCCAAGGGAUGGGCAUUGAGUUUUUCCUGGGACUCAUCCUGGUGAUCGUUGUCUGCGGGGCCUGCGACGGGGCUAAACCAGAGAGCAAGGGCAUCGCUCCUCUCAUCAUCGGUCUUGCGGUCACGGUCGGCCACAUUGUUGGCAUACCGCGAACGGGCUCGGGAAUGAACCCCGCUCGUGCACUGGGGAGUUCUGUGGUCAUGGGGCACUUCGAUAAUCACUGGCUGUACUGGGUGGGUCCGAUCCUUGGGGGAAUGGCUGGUGGACUCAUCUACACACACGCUCUGGGACCUGCUGAGGUACCGGAAGGCAAGACGUACGCUACUGUCGCCGGCGAGGAGAAGGAGCGGUUCGAGUACAUAGACAGUGGCAGGGGUGAACUUUGAGAAGAAUCUCACGAGGAAAAAAAUAUUUUUCCAGCUCCAGCGACUCACCAGGAAGGGUCAGCCAGCUUGAAUAACGCUGUGUAACAAUAUCAUCUGGUUUUAUGCUCGAAAUAAACGUGGCAUUAUUCAUACAAGACAGUAACCAGCAUGAAUUCGCUUUCGUUCUGCACGUCAAUAUCAUCCCGAGUACAUCGAUGUUGUCAUUAUACUAUUUAUUCACUGCCAAUUUGAUUAAUGUUUAUGUAAUCGUCGAAAUUCAUCAUUUGAGUGUAUAUAGAAAUGUCGAUUCCAUGCUUCAGAUAUUUAGGAUGAAAAUGUACGAAUUUAAUUGUAAUCGUGAGGUCUCGGUAAUUAUUGAGAUGAAAAUGUUUGAAAAUUAAGUAUUUUAUGUUCAAUGUAUUAUGUAUAGGAAAUAAAUAGGUUUUAUAUAUGUGAGAA